UAUAUAACACACUAAAGUCCACAUCAAGACAGGACCCCAAUGUAAGAGAUGUAGACCCCUCACUCCGACAAGACAGUACACCCCGGGGAUGGUUCUCAUGGACUCAGGAUGGCGCGUGUUAUCAGUUUCUUAUCUCCUGGUCUUAUCAUUGGUGGUCGGUGACAUAUCGGAUGUUGACCCUGAGCGGUAUACACUCAUGUUCUCUGUGUAUCCCGAGACUGGUGUUUUCACAGGAAGCACGGACAUCCAGUUCUCGCUGCUGACGGACACGAGGGAACUGACUCUCAACAGUAAGGAUCUGAAUAUUGUCAGAGCUCUGAUAUACAAGGGCAAAGAGAGGGAAAACAUACCGGUGAUAUACACUCUGAACGACAAAGAAGAGUUAGUGUUAACAAGAACAGACGAGAAAAGAUUUAGGAGUGAUUCCUAUUUUCUGAGAAUGCAAUACAGGGCUGAACUGAAACGGGAGCUGAACGGGAUAUAUCUGACAGAAUACAAGACAGAGGACGGUGAAGUACACCCUAUAGUAGCUACACACUUUGAACCAACCCACGCAAGGAAGGCCUUCCCCUGCUUCGACCAACCCCAGCUGAAAUCUGAGUUCACGGUAAUGGUGGACCACCCUACGAAGUUCAGAGUAAUAUCGAACAUGCCGAAGAGUAACGACAGAGUUGUCAGGAGUGCGACUAUCCGAUCAGAAUUCCUACCUACCCCAGCUAUGAGCACGUAUUUGGUGGCGUUUGUGAUGUCUGAUUUGGAGGAAACGACCGUCAGGACGAACAGAGGAGUUGCAAUAAGUGUUUACAACAGACCUGGCAAGAGACAAGCAACUAAAACUGGCAUCGAAACUGUCAGGCAGUCCGUGGAGUUUUUCGAGAAUUACCUGGGCCGUGUGUUCCCACUCCCCAAGCUGGAUGUGGUGCCGCUGCCUGACUUUGCUAUUGGUGGGAUGGAGAACUGGGGUUUGAUAACGAUCAGGGAGGACAUGUUCUACACAGAUAAUGAUACUCCCCCUGAAUCAAUCAUCCUUACCAGGGCUAUUCUAGCACACGAGGUAGCACACAUGUGGUUUGGAGAUCUGGUCUCUAUAACUUCAUGGAAUAACCUGUGGUUGAAAGAAGGGGCUGCGAACAUGCUUAUGUACCCAGCGAUUGAGCAGCUCAUUACCAAGAACACCCACGCGACAGUGUCGGAUAUAAAGAACUCUCUGCUACAAGUAUCCAGAUACCCGGCUCUAGACUACGAUAGUGUCGUCAACACUCACCCCGUUGCCAUGAACAUUUCUGAUCCUGCCGAGGCUGCUGCUGCCUUCGAUGCUAUCAGCUAUUCAAAAUCAGCCGCUCUUCUCGAUAUGCUUAGAUCAGCAAUAGGAGACGACCGAUUCAGAGCGGGGGUCGGUAAAUACGUCAGAGAGUUUCAAUAUGGAUCAGCUAGCUUAGAGGACUUUCUGAAAACCAUGGACACUACAGGACCCGUUUACAGAAACGUGAAGAUCUCAGAUUUUAUGCGAUCGUGGCUGACGAAGACAGGAUAUCCUGUAGUGAGCGUGACAAAACUGAACAAUCGUAAAUACAGACUUUCUCAGUAUCGAUUUAUCAACAAACCUAACUUUAAAGAUAACAAGACAGUCAUGAAAAGGUGGCCGGUAAUGAUAACAUUACGAACGGAGCGAAGGAAAGUUUACAAGUUUAUGAUGAAUGGUGGGACGAAGAUAGUAUCGUUUAACUACGAUCCAGGUUUCAUAAAGCUCAACAUCAACUCCACCAUGUUCAUCAGGGUCAACUACGAUCUUCAAUCUAUUACAGGUAUAGCGGAGCAGCUAGAGGCGGAUCAUGAGAGAUAUUUCACAGAGGACGACAGGGCAGGAUUGGUAUCAGACGUUAUUACCAUGGCAACGGUUAACAAGUGUCCAAUGAGUUACGCUAUGAACAUGAUCAGAUAUCUACCAAAAGAAACGUCCUAUAUGGUGUGGGACCAGGCGCUCUCCAAAAUCAGCUCUAUCGCUGAAAGUCUCUCAAACCGAACCAAACCUUUAUUUAAUACUUACAUGAAAGACCUGAUAACCAAAGCAUCAGUACUGAAACAGACGGACUCCAUAAGCAGUGGUCUACUGUCCAACCUGUUGUCUUACUACGGUGUUGUCUACCGAAUCCCUGAAGCCGUUCAGAGACGUAUCCAGACCGCUAAGGACUUGUUGUCCGUUUCCCCCAGUACCACUACGCCUACCGCCACAUCAUAUCAGGGCGAGGACGAGAGAGCAGAUGAAGAAUUCGCAACGUGGGAAAAAGACACUAGUUACCAGGCAACGUCCAUUUCAUUAAACAAAGAGGCUUGGAGCAACCAAGUAACCUCAGCUGUUCUAACUUACGGAGUAGCAGAACUAGGAAAAGAGGAAAAGUUGUGGGAGAAGCUGGAAAGUACGUCAUAUCCACACAAUCAGGAGUACUACAGGAGUUUGAGUGCGACAAAGAACCCUGAAACUGUGACUAGACUAUUGGAGGGAUCACUGAAGUACGACUGGGUGCCCCUGCAAAAUAAAUACGACAUUCUUAAUUCAGUUUCCGGUUAUCAUCCCGCCGCAGCUUUCAAAUUCCUCAAGGAAAACUACGACACAUUUUACGAGUUGUACGGAGAAACGCAGUUUAAUUUCGGGAACAUUCUGCAUACAGUGGUGGGAAACCUCAAAACAAGACAGGAUCUUGAGGAGGCAACCACUUUCUUAGAGUCACAAAAAUUGGGGACAGGGGAAAGAGCAUUUAGAAUAGCAGUGGAUGAGGUAAGUAGUGUGCUGGACUGGAGAGAUUGUUGCGAGGAAGAUCUGAGAGACUAUCUGUUAGCCCAUCCUACCUCCAACUGAUAGAGUCACACAAGUCACCAUGGUAAAUGUGAUAGUUACCAUCGUUACAGCAUUUCUACCCCUCAAUAAUCCCUUUCAGAGUAUGGAAACAGAAAAAUAAUCCAAUUUGUUGUUCAAAGCGGGGAAUCCUAAAAUGUCCGAUAUGUCAUGUCAAAUUAAGCAGAUAAGAAGAUGUUUAGAUCCCCUAUCAGAACUAUCUCCCAUUUACAGAGACUCGGAGAGUUGAAUCAUGAUCAAUGGACCAUAGUCUCCUCUAAAAAACCUUGAAACUAACCUAAAGGCUAGGCUUCUGGAGUACAGAUUCCUUCAUUUUGACAAAGUUCAUUUUAACCUUUCAUACUAUCAAAACUCUAAAAUCCACUAUUUAUCACUCUUACUUACCAUUUUUACUGUUUUAUACGUUUGGAAUUCAUUCAGAUUUGAAUCUUAAAUAGUCAGUGAUUUUAGUCGACAGUAGGUUUUUAAUCUUUUCACAGAUUGACCAAUAAAUCAGCGAAUAAUGAUAAUUGUAUGUAAAAUUGUUUUACAAUUUCGUGAUC